CACAAGGCUAUUGAAGGUCUUUAAUCGCGCUGUAUAGCGGACGGAACAGACCAAUCAAGCACCGACGUAACAAGUCUUGAUGCCCCUCCUGUGCCUCUGCCUUAGUAGUAUUUUUUUUACGUGUUUGUGUUCUUCUCUAUGUGAUAACUAUCCGCAGUUACGCGACAUUUAAAUCUAUUCAUGAAUGAUUCUUGACGGCAAAAGUCGAGGAGAACAGCGCUUCAAUCAUGUUUUCACCCACGCAAUCCAAUGCCGCGGCGCCGGCAUCAAUGGAGUCGACGCCUUCUGCGCCCAGCGACUCGAACCACGCACCGAACGUCUCUCCAGUACAAACUUCGCUCGAGCGGAAAGCUUCUCAUAGCUCACCUCAUGGCCUGAAUGCUCGAUCCUGCGUUACCUGUCGCCGAAGGAAGGUCAAAUGCGACAAGCAGAACCCAUGCUCGAAUUGCACCAAGGCUGGCUCACCAUGUGUGUUUCCAGCGCCAGGUCGCGCUCCUAGAAGGCCGAGACAGGGCGGAAAGGUUGUUAGUGAGCGGGAAGCAGAGCUUUUGAAGAGAUUGAGAAGAUUGGAAGGUGUGGUGGAGGAGCUUAGUGGACAGGUCGAGGUCGAAGCCGUGAAGCAUUCUCCGUCGAGCGAUAACUCGUCUUCUGUGCAAAAAGAUAACGAGUCUGAAAAUGCAUCAAAUCACAAAAGCAAUACUGUGCGAGUGGUCGGAAUGGACGAGGGCAGUGGGAACCGGAGGACAUGGAUAGCGAGGUCUUGGAAGCUUGGUGCUGGACCUCCCAAAAGUGCCUACGGCCCGGAGGAAGUAGAGAGAGGUGUUGGCAGACUGGUUUUGGAUGAAGGGAAGAGUCGAUAUGUCGCAUCUCCAUUCUGGGCCUCGAUUUCCGAAGAAGUAGAUGAGAUACGGGAUAUGCUUCAUUACCAGGAAUUCGACUCGGAUUCGGAUGCACCAGCUGCUCCUUCGAACGUUGUGACGGAGCCGGAUCACCAAAGCUUUAUUAUGGGAUACAAUAGCAGUGAUGUAGACCUAAAGAGUCUACAUCCGCUACCUUCCCAGAUUCCAUUUUACUGGCAGACGUUUUUGGAAAAUGUCCAGCCUUUGGUCAAGAUUAUGCAUACUCCAACGAUGAAUAAAGUCAUCAAGGAAGUGCAAAACAAUCUUGACAGCUUGAGUAGAAGUACUGAAGCUUUAAUGUUUUCUAUAUAUUUUGCCACAAUUACAUCUAUGAACGCUAAUGAGGUUAUGACCAAUUUUGGGAUUCGAAAGGAAACCCUGCUCAAACAAUAUCGAUUUGGAGUUGAACAAGCUUUGGCUAGAGCUGGGUUUCUCAACACGAAUGAGAUUGUUACGGUCCAAGCUUUUGUGCUGUUCUUAGUCUGUGUUCGCAGACAUGAUGAUACCCGCUUCGUCUGGUCUUUGACUGGCUUGGCACUUCGAAUAUCGCAAUCGCUCGGGCUACACAGAGAUGGGACGAAAUUUCGAUUAUCGCCAUUUGAUACUGAAAUGAGGCGGAGAUUGUGGUGGCAAGUCUGCAUUCUAGACACUCGUGCUUCAGAAGACCAUGGCUCAGAUCCUUCCAUCCUCGACUACUCUUUCGACACAGAAUAUCCUUCAAACAUCAAUGAUGAUGACCUCGACCCAGAUGCAACAGAUCCGCCACAACCUAGACAAGGAGUCUCAGAAAUGACAUUUUGCCUCAUUCGAUAUGAAAUAUGUAAUCUCACUCGUAAAAUCACCUACACCCCUCCGGGACAGACUCCAUGUCGGUUAUCUGGGAAAAUCCUUACGAUCGAAGACAAAGAACGUCUGGUUCGCGAAGUGGCUGAUCACCUCGAGAAGACUUACCUCCAAUAUUGCGAAGACGCAGGACCACUUUACUGGGUCGCCGCAACAGUCGCAAGAUUGAUCAUUGCCAAAAUGUCCCUCAUCAUCUACCACCCCUUAACCCAUCCCGGAAAGCUAAACAGCUUAUCCCAAGACAUCCGAGAUAGGCUAUUCAUGGCCUCAAUCGAAAUCAUCGAAUACAGCCGCGUCCUCGAAUCCGAAGCCAGCACCAAGCAAUGGGGCUGGCUCUUCCACACCUACAUCCAAUGGCACGCCAUAGCCUACAUCCUCGGCGAACUGUGCAUCCGCCCCAACUCCACGAUCGUCGAGCGCGCAUGGCGGAUCAUCGACCUCGUCUUCACCGAAUGGAACGGCGCCGCCAACACCAUGACGCACACCAAGACCGGCAUGCUCUGGCAACCGAUGCGAAGGCUCCUCGCCAAAGCAAUGCGGAAGCGAGAAGAGAAUAUCCAGAGCGCGAACAACGAUACGGAUAACAACGGUCUCGGCAUCCCGAGGAUGUAUAUGCGGCCUCCACCGGAAGCGUAUUCGAGACCUAGUCCCUGUCCCGGCAAUAUCGCCCGAGAUAGAUUGCUCGAGCGAGAAAAUCAACAUACCACCGCGGCGGCGGAUAUGAGUAAUGGGAACGUCCUAGAAGGGCUCAAUGAUCCAAUGUCCAACGCACCAAUGUACAGCACCGCCGAGGCCCCCGCUCCCAUAAUGCCUCCCCAAGUUGUAGGCGGCACGGAUACCGGUAUGGAUAAUCUGAUCACGGAUUUCCAGCCCAUGCAACCUUGGGUUAUGGAUGAGAAUGCUAAUAAUGGCAAUAACGGAAACAUGCCGGGCUUCAAUCCUUAUUUCCCAGGCAUCGGAGCGGGCAUCGUGGAUCUGGAUGUAGAGGAUAUGGCAGAUGUUUCUUGGGAGGGCUGGGACGAGAUGGUGAGGGAUUAUCUGAUGGAGCAGGAUCAAGCGGCGCCGGAUGGGGCGAGGGGUCCGACGCUGGGUGGGAUGGGGCAGUGGUGGUGAGACAAUGUUUGGGAAUGGGAUGGCGUUUAAAUAUAUACCUGGAGUUUUAUAUUGGUGUGGGAAGAUGGGUUGGGGACAAGCGUUUGUUUAUGGUUUGGAGUUAUUGUGCUAUGCUAUGGUAGGGACUUAACUCCCAUUGUGUAUUCGAUGAGAAUACAGUAUAUAUCCACUCUUCGCAUGUAAUUGCUUCAACAUCCUAUUGCAAUGCUGUUCCCUGCUCGCCUGGUCCUACAUUGACCUAUUGUUUUGAGGCGGGGAAGCAUAGAAAGACUCAAAUCUAG